UGUAGAGUACAUUUUUACUAUAUAGCAUUGGUUUUAGAGAGUCUGCUUAGGGAAGCACAAUGAAGAAAACUGUAGCAGUGCUACUUAUUGUUAUGAUUGAGGUGGCAACCAGCAUGCGAGUGUUAAUGGCAUGGAAUCCUGUUCCUCAACCUCCUCCAGCUCCAGCUCCAGCUCCAGCAAAAUGCCCACUUGAUGCUCUGAAGCUGGGGGCCUGUGUUGAAGUGCUUAGUGGCCUUGUGCACAUAGGCAUUGGAGACCCAAUUGUAAACCAAUGUUGCCCUGUGAUUGAAGGAGUUUUGGCAUUGGAGGUAGCAUUGUGUUUGUGUACAGCAAUAAGGGCUAAGCUUCUCAACCUCAAUAUACUUGUUCCAGUAGCACUGCAGCUUAUUGCUUCUUGUGGAAUGACUCCUCCUCCAGGCUUCAAAUGCCCUGAUCAGUAAGUUGCUUAUUAUAACUAUGUACUUGGAAUAAGCAGAAGUCAAUGGUUGUUGCCUACAUCUACCAUAUAAUGUUGACUUCAUAUAGCAGAGAUCAGUCCCUGCUCUCUAUCUUAAUUGAAGUUAUCUGGAUAAAUAAUAUGUACUUUCUUAGACUUAAAUAGACAUAUUAUUAAGCCGA